AUUCAGAGUCACCAGGAAACUCAGCUGCAGUUCAUUUCACAGGUACUUUGCUUUGGCUUAAGACAAGACAUUCGUCUACAAGAGAGGUUCACAGCUUGUGCACAUGAAGCGCAUCAAGGAAAACUUUUAAAUCAGCAUAAUGUUUGCCAACACCUCACUGCCUCCCAGCAGUAAGGGUAUUCACAACAAUGUGGAUAUCGAAGCCAUCAUGGACAACAUAAACCUCGUCCUCCUUACACUGACCGUCGUGUUUGGGAUCACGGGGAACUCUGUGGUGAUCUGGGUCGCAGGAUUCAAGCUCAAGCAUAAAGUUACCAAUGUGUGGCUGGUGAACCUGGCGAUAGCCGACCUCAUCUUCUGCGUUACUCGAGUUUUCUCUCUGAUCAGGCAGCUCUUCUUCGACCACUGGCCCUUUGGGGAAUUUCUCUGCAGGUUUCACGGCUUCUUUAAAUACGCAAACAUGUUCUGCUCUGUCUUCCUGUUGGCUGUGAUCAGUUUGGACAGGAUGCUCUGUGUGUGGAGACCCUUCUUUACAAAGCAACAGCGUACCCUGUAUGCUGCCAGGGUGGUGGCAGUUUGUGUCUGGAUCACAGCCAUCCUCCUCAGUAGUCCCUUCUUGUUCUACAGCCAUGUCCACCUGGGAGAGAACAACAUGAGCAAAUGUUCUUCAGAGACAAAGGAGGGAGACAACACCACCAAACUUGCUCUGUAUUUAAACAGGUUCCUGUGUGGCUUUGUUUUCCCUUUCUUGAUCAUUCUUAUCUGUUACAUCAUGACUGCCAUCGGCAUCCGACGCACUCGCCUUGUAGGAAAGACACGCCCCCUGCGGAUCCUGGCAUCGCUGGUCAUUGCAUUCUUCUUGUGCUGGGGUCCUUACCACUGUCUGCUCCUUGUGAAGAUGGUGGACAAAAAUAAUGCAGUGCUGAAAAUCUGGCGGCCUUUGGCCAAUGGCUUUGCCUACUUUAACAGCUGCGUGAACCCGCUGCUAUACUUCUGCAUGGGGCUGGAGGUUAAGCAGAAACUGAGAUGGAGUUUAACAGGAAUUUGUAAGAAAGCUCUGACUGAUGAUAGCGAAGAACAGGUGAUCCAGUCAGAUGACUGAAUAAACAGUGAAUGAAAAUAAAACUUUGUGUCUGGA